AGAGACAGUAAGGGAUGGGCUUUAGCGGUAAUUGGCAGAUUUUUUUGCAUUGCACCGCCACCCCGUUUCUUGCUUGACUGCAGAGUUCUUUGUAGUAUCUAGCUUCUGGUCACCAGCGUAGCUUGGUCCGCAGACGUAAGAAGACACAUGAGGUUGUUGUAGGAGCGGGAAAAAAAUGGCGACGAACAUCUACGAAGCUAGCUAGCACAUUGAGGACUCAAAACAUUGUCUGAGGCGACCAUUUUCUCGGUAGAAACGUGUUUCUCUCCUUUUUGUCAGUGAAGUUCUGGGAUCAAGAAUCCACAGAGCCAGGAGAGAUGGAGGAAGAUUCCGGGAGCCUCGACAAGUCUGACCAAAUGACCCACGGUCAACCAACCUCUCAACAAUCCAUGUCUCCAAGUCAGUCAUUCCAGUGUAACCAUUGUGUCCUCCUCUUCAAAUCAAAAUAUUUCCUCCUUGAACACAUGAAGAAGGUGCAUGGCGUUGAUGUGGAUCCUUCACAAAGUGAAGGGAGUUCUACUCCCUCAGAGAGUUCCACACCACCUCACAGAAGCACUCUCUACAACAGUUCAGAGGAAGUUUUCUCUUGCCGUCAUUGUGUGUUUACGUCUUCCAGUUGGACAGUUAUUAUCAAACAUGAACGAACGUAUCACAAGGUGCCGGUAAGGGGUCCUGGUAAGGGUGGGACCUUAACACAGAAACAGUAUUUGAGGGGCAAGCUUCUCAAUGACAAAGUGUCACUGCCAGGUAAGAAGGACCACAAAAAUGUGUCAGUACUCCAACGCAAACAAGGGAACGUGGGGAGAGUGAAUUCCAAGUCUACCUUAAAAACCAUAAACAUUCAUAGCUCUAGCUUAUUGUUGAAGAACCUGCGAACUCAAGUGGGAUCCUCAGGAAAUUGUUCUAAAUUCAGAGUCGUAUCUGGAAGUUCAGCGCGUGGGUCAUCUUUAAAUUCCUUGAAACUGAAUGCGUCCAACCUCCCAAGGCCAUCACGUGCGCAUCAUGUGAACCUCAUGUCAGAUGCGCCUUUCCUUAUCUAUGACCAAGACAAUGGUAAAGGUGUCUCUAAAGUAACUGAAGAGAGAUUUCAUACAGAAAGUGUACAGAAGGGCUCUCACUGCUGCUCGCUCUGCAACUUCUCUGCGACUUGGUUGGAAGAUCUUCACACUCACCAGCGAAGUAAGCACAGUUACCUUUUUUACAGCAUGGGGUCAAGUCUGCUGGACAGAACGGUGACAGAACAGCGGAAUCUCAAACCUGAAUCGUAUAAUGGAAUCUCACUGACAGAGCCAUUAGCUAAAACCACCAGGAAGAGGACGCGUGAUGACACCCCUUUAAGUCCUGCUAAGAAAAAUAUCAAAACAAGCCCUGAAAGUACAGUCAUCCAAAGCAAGGUAUCAGGGGGCACUGCUUUCACCUUUGAGGUUAGCGAGGAUGAAGAGGACGGGAAUGCCUGGAGAACUGAACUAGAUGCCUCAGGAAAUGAAAUGGAUGAGCAUGAUCAGUUGGCAAAUGGAGAAAGCAGGGACAUCCCAAAAAUACUUUAUCGUUGCAAACACUGUGACUACAGUCACAAGUCAUCUCGCAGUGUGAGCACCCAUUACCAGAGAAUGCACCCUUACAUCAGAUAUGACUCUCAGUACAUCAUGAAUCCAGAUGAUUGGACUGCCACCUUCCGUUGCUUGGAGUGUCCUGUUGAUUUUGCCGCCCUUGAUGACCUUAAGAAGCACUAUAAGGAUCAUCACCCAGAAGCUCCAAAUGUGUUCAUGAUGCGAUCAGAUCAGCUUGAUUUGGUGUACAAGUGCUUUGCCUGCCCAUUCACCAUUUCUAAUGGCAAAUACUUGAAACCUCAUUACAAAAACAAGCAUCCAAAACUGAAAAUGAGCAAUCCCUUAAUGUACUGCAAUUUUACUACCAAGCCCUCUGAAAAUGAACCCUCUAAAUCGCAACAUUUAGGGCAAACCUCCAGUCUAAAGAAUGCAGAGGUUGUCUCUCCUGAGAGGUCUCUGACCCCAUGUAAAGAAACUGUUAAUAUCACCCCUACAUCCCCAAAAGCAUGUUCUGCUUCCAUGGGAGUGGAUGAGGAACUGUAUCACUGCAAAUAUUGUGUAUACAGCAAUAAGUCAGUGGAUGUCAUGCUUGUCCACUACCAAAAAAAACACCCGAAGGCAAAAUUGACAAUUAACAGCAUAAAACAAGCAUCUCUUGCCACUUCUAGGAAACCUAAGGACGAAACACAGGUGCCUCCUCAAAAGAUGGUUUUGGAGCCAUUCAAACUCCCAGAAGUUAAGUCCACCAACAUUUCCCUCUCCAGACCCGAUGUUGCACAGGAAGAUGCAGAGAACAUGUUUUUCUGCCAGCAUUGCAACUAUGGCAACCUCACAGUGAGGGGGGUGUUGAAUCACCAAAGGUCAAGACACCGUGAUCUCAAGGCUUCUGUUGAGCAGAUACACCUCCAUACUGCUGAGGUUCGUAGUCAAAGCAAAACGUCACAGGGCAUAGGAAUAGUCUCACCUAGCACUCCCCUCCAAAAUUAUGUUGCCCAGGAAGACAUUUUAAAGCCAUUCAAACUUCCAGAAGUGAAGUCUUCUAACACAUUCCCUCCCAUAUCCGAUGUUUCGCAGGCAGAUGUUGAGAGUCCAUAUUUCUGCCAGUUUUGUGACUAUUGCAACCCCACAGUGAGAGGCAUUAUGAAUCAUCAGAAGUUAAGACACAGGACUCGUAAGUCAACUGCUGAAAGGAUCAUUAAACAUACUGCUGUGAUUUGUAGCAGCCCCAAUGUGAGAGGUGGUUUGAAUCAUCAGAAGUCCUCACACAGUCAUCUCAAGGUGACUGAUGAUAAUGUCAUCAAGCAUACUGCUGAGGUUCAUGGUCAAUGUGAAAAGCCUCAGUUUACUGAAUUUGACUCCUCUAACUCCUCUUUCAAAUCCACUGUUGAGAAUGAGGUAGCUGACUUGUUUUUCUGCCAGUUUUGCAACUAUGGAGAUCCCUCAAUGAGAGGAAUUUUUAAUCAUCAGAAGAGAAGACACGGUCAACUCGAAACAACUCCUGAUGACAUCUUCAGGCAUACUGCUGAGGUUCGAGGGCUAACGAAAACAUCAACAGAGUCUAAAAGAGUCAACUCAACUAACUCUUCUCGCAUCUUAUCUCUUCCUCUUGUGACGGAAGAGGCUGUGUUAUUCUGUCAGCUUUGCAACUAUAGCAAUUCAACCAUGAGUGGGGUUAUGGAUCAUCAAAGGAAAAGACAUCCUGAUCUUAAGGCAACUCAUAAACAAAUCCUUGAAUAUACUGCUGCUAUGAUUUUGGCCCAAACUGGCAAAUCACCUAACUCAUUCUUCUUAACAUCUGAUGUUUUCCAAGAAGAAUUAGAGAAGUUCUUCUGCCAAUAUUGUGAUUAUAGCAAUUCUACAGUAAGGGAGAUUUUGAAUCAUCAAAAUAAAAUGCAUGGUGAUCUCGAAACAAACGCUGCGCAGAUCUUAAGGCAUACUGUUGUGGUUCAAGGGCAAACCAAACAAUCUCAAUCAAAAGCAGUCCACUCACCCAACUCUCCUCCUAUCUUGUCUCAUCCUCUUUUGAAGGACGAGGUUGAAGACAUGUUUUUCUGUCAGUUUUGCAACUAUAGCAAUACAACAGUGAUUGGGGUUUUGAAUCAUCAAAGGAAAAGACACCUUGAUAUGACACUAACUGCUAAGCAAAUCCUUGAAUAUACUGCUACGGUUAUGGGCAAAAUGGGAAAAUCCCAGCCAGUACGAGAAGACUCCCUUAACUCAUCCCAAGAAGAAGAGGGGAAGUUGUUUUACUGCCAGCAUUGUGACUAUGACAAUCCCACAGUUAGGGGGGUUUUGAAUCAUCAGAAAUUAAGACAUAGUGAUCUGCCAGCAACUGCGGAUCAAGUUGUCCGGUAUACUGCCAUUGUUCGCAGCUCAAAUAAAAAAUCAAUAACCCAACAACCUAACAAGUCCUCCAUGAAAGCCUCACAAUCUCGCACGCAGAAAGCUGCUCCGCUCAGGUCCUUAAAGUGCCGCAAAUGCUCUUAUAUAACUCCCCAUAUAUAUAUUUUGAAAAGGCAUCUGAGGAAUAACCACCAAGAGAAAGCCCCAAUCACAACAAUUAUACGUUGGGCUUACCAAGAUGGCCAUUUACAAGCAGGUUAUCACUGCGAGUGGUGUGUUUGUUCACACACUGAAGCGAAGGGACUUCUCCGGCACUACCGGCAACGUCAUCCAGAUAGAAAUACUGGACUUGAGUCCAUCAUCCUGAGGUUACAUGCCGGCCCUAAGACUUCUCGAUCUAAAAAAACUAAGCCUAACCCAGAGCGCAAUGUUAAACAUGAAAAUAUUACCCUCAGGUUUGGGGAAGUUCCGAAGACCUCCCCAUCAUUUCAGUCCGUGGAAGGUGACACAAAAGUCUAUCCAUGCCGAGCGUGUUCCUUUAAGGCUACUUCAGUGGGGGGUAUCAGCAGCCACUACCGUGUAGUUCAUCCAUGGUCUGUCAAGGAAGAUGGGUCUGUGUUAGAUGUCAUUAGUAGUAGGCAGACCCAAGAACCAGUGGUCCAUGAACAGCUUGAUGUUCAUGAAACCUCGAGGUCAAGCGAGACAUAUAGGUGCCCUGUCUGUUCAGGAGAGUUCAACACCCGCCAUGGUAUGUUUACUCAUUGUGGAAAGAAACAUCCAGAAUAUGAUAUGAAGGUCCAUGAACAGCUUGAUGUUCAUGAAACCUCAAAGCCAAGCCAGCGAUGUAGGUGCCCUGUCUGUUCCGGAGAGUUCAACACCCUCCAUGGUAUGUUAACUCAUUGUGGAAAGAAACAUCCGGAAUAUGAUACAUCAACUUAUGAAAAGGAACCUGAACCUAGUACAGAUGAUGGGACUCUGAUAUUCAAGUGUUCAAUCUGUCCGUAUGUGAACUCUCGCCCUCAUGGUGUUCUAACUCACUGCCAGAUGAGGCAUCCAGCCAUCAAAGCCAGAACUGAGAGACUUGAACAAGAAAUUGUACACUUCAGUGACCCAGAUGAAUGUGUGAAAGUCCGAUCGGGUAAGAGGGUGGGAUUGGCAGGCUUCCGGUGCAAUAUGUGUCCAGUCAUCCAUGCAAAAUUCAAGAAGUUGAAAGCUCACUAUGAGAUGGAUCACAAACGAUCUGCCUUCAAUAUGUUCAAACCGGCCUUGAAACAAUCCGCUGCCAUUAAAAAACAACUGCUCUCCAAAUACAGAGGCUCCCAGACCUCAAUUGCCAUUUUAAAAAAUAGGAAAUCCAUCAUAUUCAAGUGCCACCUUUGCAAGUACUUUUGCACCACUAAAAAGGGUCUUGCCCGCCAUCUUCGCAUUAACCACAGUACAGUGGCUCCAAUUGAGGACAAAGAGUUUUCCUACAAGUGUGCACUGUGCUCGUAUACAACUUUGAUUUGUAAGUACCUUGCAGCCCACUAUAGGAGGCAACAUGGCAAUGCUGCUUUCAACAACCACUUCGUUCCAGCAUUCAGACCUCACCGCAUUCCUCUAAACUCACCAGACCAUAAGGCUUCUUUGAGUCAGGAAACCAGAUCACCUGGUGAGAAGAUAAACUGUUCUCGCUGUUUUUUCCAAUGUCUUAAUGAAAAAGGCAUGGUUUCCCAUUAUGUGAUUUGCCAUCCAGGAGUCUCUCACAGCAUGCACAAAUCUAGCGAACUCAACCCGAAUAACACAAUGCACUCUCCCCCCAAGCCCAGAAAUCGUCACCGGCAACAGAAACCUGUCUGCAAAUUAUUUGAUCCACAAUGUGAGAAAGGCAGUGCAUUGUGUCCAGUUAAAUGCAAGAAAUGUGUGAAAUUAUUCUUCAACUCAAAUCUCCUGCUAAGUAUACACUACACCAAUUUCCACAACGAAGAUUUCAAACAGGACUUCACUAUACUUUCAAAGACUUCAGAGAAUGGCACAGAGGUCUACAGAUGUGGAUACUGUAACCUCCAAAUCCAGGGCAGUGCAGACCUUGGCUCCCACCUCGACCAUCAUAAUGAGGAGUUUCAGAAGCUGGAAGAUGGACAGAAGAGUAAACAACACCUUAGUGAGCCGCCACUAAAGACCAAGUCUGUUACGCAUGAAAGACAAGAACUGCCCGAUGUUCUGAUGACAGAGGAAUCGAACAGUCAUUGGAUUGUGACAAAGGUGGAAUCUGUUGCAACAGGGAUGGGUCCACUGGUGUCCCCUUCCCCUGUCCCGUCGACAACAGAACCAGACGGGGGGUCAGCAGGAGAGGAGCGCAAGCACUGCGGGCAAACGUUCAUGUCUUUGAAAGGUUUACGCUCACAGGGGCGGAGCCAUGCAGCUACGGCAGUGCUCAAACGGCUGGACAACGUACCUCAUCAACACAAGCAGAUGUUUGACCGCCAUAUUAGACUUCGACCUGGGACCAUCAAACCCUUCCACUGUGGGCUCUGUCGGUACAGAACUACCAUCUUGAGCCUCUUGAAGAACCACCUGCUCAAAGUACAUGGCGCUGAGUAUCCAUCCAAGAACCUCCCUUCCUCCGUGACCGGUAGCCAGGACAAGGAACACACCCUGAGGGCCAAUGAAAAGGCCCCUAACCUGCCAGAACGUCAGGAAAGCAAUCACAUGUCUGAUGAUUCUGAGGAAACAGACCUCACUGAAAAAUCAGUGUACUUGGAGCCCCCAGAUGUCCAGCGGCAGCUCGACCACUACAGGCAGGUGGCUCAGGCCUCCAGACAUCCAGCCCAACAGGCCACCGCGACCACUCAAGAUGGCUUAUUCGUCUGUGAGUUUUGUAUCUACACCUCAACAUACAUCAAGAGUAUGCGCCGGCACUACAUAAAUCGUCACAAUGGGAAAAGGCUUGUGAGGUGCAAGGACUGCUCAUUUUUCACAGGCUUCAGGAAGAAGUUGGAUAUACACAUAGAGACGGCACAUGCCAGUAGCGCAACAGAAGCUCCUAAGGACCUACGCUGCCCUCUCUGUCUUUACCACACCAAAAACAAAAACUGCAUGAUCGACCACAUCAUCCUCCAUCGUGAGGAGCCGGUGGCCCCGAUAGAGGUGCGUCGUCCAAAGCUAUCGCGAUAUCUCCAGGGCCUUGUGUUCCGCUGCCACAAGUGCACCUUCACCAGUUCCAGUGACGAGAAGCUGCAUCUGCACAUGCUUAUUAAGCACGACGAUAUCAAGCCUUACAAAUGCCGACUGUGCUACUUUGACUUCACACAGCUGAGCGAGUUGGAGGCACACCUAUGCGAUAAGCACCAGGUCGUGAGGAACCAUGAGCUGGUGGGACAGGUCCAUCUGGAGGAACUGGCGACCAGACUGGGCAGAGGAAGGAAUGAGGAAGAACACAAGGAAGAAACAAAUAGACAUAGUGAGAAACAAGGGCUGGAGGAAGAGGGGGAGAACACUGACAAGCUAGGAAAUAAAGACCAGGAAGAAACUAACAGACAUAGUGAGAAGCGGCAGGUGCUGGAGGGGGAGAACAUAGAGAAGCUAGGAAACAAAGACCAGGAAGAAACUAACAACAGACAUAGUGAGAAGCGGCAGGUGCUGGAGGGGGAGAACAUAGAGAAGCUAGGAAACAAAGAAGAGAAAGACCAGGAAGAAACUAACAAAAGACAUGAAGAAACGCAUGGGCUUAAAGAAGGGGAUACCAUUGAGGAAAAAGUGUUGGAGGAAAAUGGGGAGAACAUUGCCAAACAAAAUUAUGAAUUUCAAGGACAUGAGAACAAAGGGAACGUAGAAGAAAAAUCCAUGGACUGUGAGGAGAACCAAGGGCAACAAGAUGAGGUGAACAAAGAUGGAGAUAAUGAGGUAUCAGAGAACACUGCCCAAAACAGUGAAUUCCAUGAGAGCCAUGAUUUUAGUUAUGAGGAGAACAAGGAGGAACAAUAUGAGGAAUGCCAUGAGAAGUUCGAGAAUGAGGACAUGGAGAUGGUAGAGGAACAAUUUAUGGACUGUCAUGAGAUGCCAGUGCUUGAAAAUGAAGAGGGCAAAGAGGAAACACACAGUAAUCAUAGUGAGAAACAGGAACAUGAGGAGGAGGUGAAGAAUGACAGUCUGAAACCUGAGUGCAAUACAAAACAGGAGCAAGGGCCUGUAGAAGACAACCCCAUGAGUGAAGAGAAGCAAGAUCAUGAGAUGGAGGAAAAUGACAACACAACUGCACCAAAAGAUGCCUCCACUACCCUGAGUAUAGAUGCCUCCACUACCCUGAGUAUAGAUGCCUCCACUACCCUGAGGAUAAUUCCAUCGACCAGAAAUGAAAAUGCACUUUCAUGCGAGCUCUGUGGCCGAACUCUCAUGAACAGCACUGACCUGGAACGACAUGUGAUGCGCCAUGGCUGGUAACUCUGUGUGUCGGUGCAACUGAUAAGGAUGUACUGACAUGGAGGGUGUUGCUGCUUAGAAAUGCUGAUUUUAACAGCAAGGAGAUUAUGUGAAUUUCAAUUGAAAUUAUUGUCACUGGUUGCAAACUGUUGCAUACGGUUUCCACCUGUAACUAGUCUUGACUGAGGAGACACUGCAGCUAUUGUCAUAGAGGACAAAAAGUCUGUCAUCCUUGUAUAUUAUGAUCCCAGAAUGACAGCAGUUCACAUUUCCAAUGACUUAGUUGUUUUGAUGUUUUCUUAAUAUUUUCAUCCUGUUGUCUUUUAACAUUUUUGUAAUAAAUGACUAUCCUAGAA